GGCUGUCAGUGUGGAUAUCUGCCCGGCUCUCUCUCUCUCUCUAGCUCAUUCUAACUCCCCUUUUCUCUCUGUUUGAGCUGCGUCAAACUCUUGAGGACCCAACCGCAGUCUCCCUUGGUGACAGGACGGCUGAACCGAAAGUGGAUGUCGGUCGACGGAGUGAACAACGGCAAUGGGAACUCUGAAGAUGCCCUGCCCACUGUAGAGGAUUGGCCAGAGCUGGAGAGGGCGGAGCAACUGGCCCGGGGUGCUGCCCUGAAAUGGGCAUCAGGCGUAUUUACGCGACCGGAUCAGCUGGAGAAGCUGGGCCAGUACCGCAAGAGGGAAAGGCAGCGUACUGAGUCCAUCCACUCCAGACUCAAGUCAAUGGUGCAGACCUACCUAGAGGGCGUAGACCGGGGUCUCAAGCAGCUACGGGAGGCACGACUGGAGCUUAAGGAGGUGUCGUGUUCUCUUGCUGAGGCCAAGGCAGAGGGCUUCCAAAACGCAGAGAGCACCGAGGCCCUGGCUGUCCUGCGGGGGGCGUCCUUCAGUCACUCCCAGCUGCUCGCCGCUGUCAGCAACCUGCCCCGCCUUCACUCCGUGCGAGGUGUGGUCCUGGAGACAGAGAGACUGGUGGAAUCCCGUCGCCUCCUAGAGGCCCACACCCACCUCAUGGAGCUGGAGCGCUGGCAGGAUGAGGUACUGUGGCAGCUGGGUGUGGGGGUGGCAGCUUUGGACCCGCGAGACGAGGAGCUGGUGCGCGCCUACUUCUCUGAUGUGGGUCGCCUGGUGGAGGCACUAGCCAGGGAGCUGUGGGCCGUUGUGGGCAGUGGGCUUGCUCUAGCCCGGCAGAACCCUACGUCCUUUGUGUCUGCUGUGCGGAUAGUGGAGCGGGAGGAAGCACUGGACCGCAGUCUGCUGGAGGAGAGGAGGGGGGGGGGCUGCACCAGGCCCCUUCCCCCAGGGCGACCUCGCUGCUGGAGGAAACGCUUCUUUCAGGUGAUGGAUGAGAUGGUGUCAUCACGCUUCUGCAGUGUCUCCUACCUGCACACUCGAGGCUCUGGCUUGGGCAACCACCUGUCUGCCCUGCAGCACAGCAUCAUGGGAGACGUGGCCACUGUGCAGCACUUGCUGGAGCAGUGUGUGCCGCCCCACUACCGGCUGGUGCGCGUCUAUGUGGCCACUGUCCACCGCUGCCUACAGACGCACCUGGCCCAGGUGAGCAGCUGGGACCUGGAGAGGGGGGAGAUCUUCGCCGUGCUCAACUGGGUGCUGCACGUCUAUUGCAGCCACGACAUGUUGGGCCAUCCUGAUGUGGUAUCAGAAAUAGACCCGCAUGAGCUGGGACCCCUCAUCUCCCCCAAGACCCUAGAAAAACUUCAGAGCAAAUAUGUACACAGCGUUCGGAACAGUGUGGCUGAUUGGAUGAACAAGGCUUUGGAGGUGGAGAUGACAGACUGGCAAAGAGAUCAGGAGCCUGAUGUGGACCACGAGAGCUUCUAUCACACCAGCCUGCCCACCAUCAUUGCUCAGAUGUUACAGGAGAAUGCUCAGGUGGCCCUAAUGAUCAGUGAAUCCUUGAGGGAUCAGACCAUUCACAUGGGCCUCUACGAGCUGGAGAGCUUCCUUAACAGGUUUCGCGAAGCCCUGGUGCAGUUUGGGAAGGAGCACCGUAAGGAUCAUGGCCGCAAUCCGUUUUACCUCCACUACCUCCUGGCCGCCAUCAGCAACUGCAUUGUACUCAAGGGCUCUACAGAGAGCCUGCAGCAGCAGUGCACUGCCUGCCCCACAGGUUGCUUCCCCUGGCCACCUCCUGGGCCCCUGGUAGCUUUGGACCGUGCUGUGAAGAAGGCCUGCCGACUGGUGAUGGACGAGCUGCUCCUGGAGCUCCAUCCACUGCUGCAGAGGCUGCUCUCCGGCUCCUGGCUGACCCAUGGCGAGGUCACCCCCCUGCUCUGCAGGGUUCUGGAGCACCACUGUGAGCUAUAUGGCCACGUGAGGGCACCCUGCCGCCAGCGUCUACAGGAAGAGUGCCAGCGUCUAGUAGUGGUAGAGUAUGUGCGCGCACUGAUGCAGAGGAGGCUGGUGUGCCGGGGUGCAGCAGAGCGCCACCAGGUGGCUGAGCGCAUAGUGCAGGAUGCCCAAUUGCUGCGGGACGUCUUCCAGGACAUGGAGGGAGAGGGCAUGGUGGGUGGGGUUACUCCCGGUGUGCUGCUGCCUGUUCUAGCUGAAAUCAUCCGCUUGCAGGACCCUAGCCUGCUGAUCCUGGAGGUGUCUGGCCUGGUAGCCAAGUACCCCGACAUCAGUGAGGAGCAUGUUUCCGUGUUGCUGGAUGUGAGGGGCGACGUUCCACGAGAGCUGCGGGGAGUGGUUCUUGACAUGUUGGAGCAGAGCACCCCAAUUCUCCCCCCUGGGUACCGUCCGGUGUUUUCGGACAUCCUGGUGCCCCCCCGUAGUAUGUCAUUCUGCCUACCCACUGCCAAGUGUUCCUGACACGAACAGCCACUCUGACCAGUUUACUGAUCAAGAUCUCCUGCACUCUGGAAGUUCAAACCACUGUAGUUCUGUCUCACUAUCCACUGCUACUGUUUCAUGUAAUCCUGCACUCUUAAGACAAAAAAAAAGAUAAGGGGGUCUGGGAGACAGUGAUCAUGUUAUUUGGCCUCAGACAUUAAGGGAAAUAGCAAGGGGAGGCCAUAUGCAAUCAGCCAAAAUGCACCUGGAAGGCAAAGGCAACUGGAAAGGUACAGCAGCAAACAGUUAUUCACAUCACACAUGCUGUAUGUAAUACAUUUGCUAAUAAACUUAAUAAAAUGUUAUACAAUAAACUUGAAAAAAACUUUCCUGA